GGGCCUGCCGCGGAGGGCUCUGCCCGCGCCCGCGCCGCGCGCGCGCGGGCCGCCCCCGUCGGCGAGCCGCUGACCGCCGCGGCGCCUCGCGCAGGCGGGCGAUGGCGGGGGCCGCGGGGGAGGCGAGGGCCCACCUGGAGCAGGCGGAGAAGGCGCUCAAGACGUCUUUCCUGUCGCUCAAGUUCAGCCCAGAUGUGCUGACGGCCUCGCUGGAGUACUCGCAGGCGGCGACGAAGUUCCGCCAGGCGAACAUGCUGGCAGAGUCCGCCGCCGCCUGGAAGCGGGCGGGGGAGUCCAAGGACGGAGCUGGGCGACCUCUUCGGCGCUGGGCGCGCCUACGAGAGCGCGGGCGCUCUCGGGCAGGGCGCAGGCGCCCCGGAGGGCCUGUGGGAGAAGGCGGUCCGCUGCUUCCGCCUGGCCGGCAAGGGGGAGGUGGCCGCCGGGCUGCUCUUGAAGCUGGCCGCGCAGCGCGAGAAGGAGGAGGGGGCGACAUGCCCGGCGCGAAGGCGGCGUUCGAGGACGCGAUCGAGGUUUUCGCCGCGGAGGAGAAGGACUACAACCUCGCCGAUGUUUAUCGGGGGACAGUACACCGGCUUCCUCUUGCGGGUGAACGCCUUCGACGACGCGUGCAAAGCGAUAGAUGGGCACGUCGCCGUGCUGGCGAGGCAGAAGCAGACCUCCUUCGUGCACAAGGAGGUCCUCAGCAAGGUGGCCAUCAUGCUGCACCUGGGGGACAACGUGCGGAGGAGGCGCUCAACAGGGGUAGCGAGUUCGAGGGAUGGUGGUCCUCCAAGGACCGAGUGCCAGGUGGGCUCCGACAUGGUCGCCGCGUUCCAGGCGCGCGACCCCGCGGAGGUGGAGAGGCUCGCCAGGGAGCAGGUCUGGUCCUUCCUGCAGGUGGAGGUGGCGCGGCUGGCCAGGCAGCUGCGGUUGGCCGCGCCAGCGGCAGGCGAACCCCCGCCGGCGGGGGAGGCCGCGCCGGCCGUGGACUCGACCCGGACGACCCAGACGGUCUGUGCUGACGGCGCCCGCGCGCCGCGCGCGCGCGGCGGCACAGCAGGGCCCCGCGGUUGCGUGCGGCGGCGCGGCGAGGCGGGACUCUCUCGGCCCCUGCGCCCGGCGCAAAGGGGG